UGCGUUCGUUCCUGUCCAGCCUACUUACUUGAUCGCCACGUCUCUCAGCGCAGGCGCUCUGUAAUCCACAUAGCAAAUUACAUCCGGUCACCGCGCCCCAUGGCUGCCUUCUCAAAUAUCCUCCAGAGGAUCGCCACCCCGCUCACGGCUGCCUUCCCUCCGCUCUCCGCGCGCGCCGUCGAGCUCCCCACCUCCGGCGACGAGCCCCUCAUGGCCAAGGAUGCAUCCGCUGGUGCGGAAAAGUGUGAACUGCGAAUAGAGGGUAUGACGUGCGGAGCAUGCGUGGAGUCGAUCGAGGGCAUGCUCAGAAAUCAACCUGGCAUAUACUCGAUCAAGGUCGCCUUGCUAGCAGAACGAGGGACCGUAGAGUAUGACCCCGCCUCGUGGACGCCGGAGAAAAUCAUCGGCGAAAUCUCGGACAUCGGCUUCGACGCGACCUUGAUUCCUCCGACGCGCUCAGAUGCGAUUACCCUCCGCAUAUACGGCAUGACCUGCUCGUCAUGUACCUCUACCGUCGAGAAGGAGCUGGGCGCCAUGCCUGGGAUCAACAGCGUGGCUGUGUCGCUUGCAACGGAGACGUGUAAGAUAGAAUUCGACCGGGGGCUGAUCGGGCCUAGGGAGAUGGUGGAGCGGGUGGAGGAGCUGGGAUUCGAUGCUAUGCUGUCGGAUCAGGAGGACUCGACGCAGCUGCAGUCGUUGACGCGGAUGAAGGAGAUCCAAGAAUGGAGGGACCGCUUCCGAUACGCCCUCGCCUUUGCGAUACCGGUGUUCUUCAUCGGGAUGAUCAUGCCCAAGAUACCCUUCUUGCGGCCCAUCGUCGACGUCAAGCUCUGUCGUGGCCUUUACCUCGGCGACGUCGUUACGUUGAUCCUCACAACCCCCGCGCAGUUCUGGCUCGGUGCUAAAUUCUAUCGGAAUGCGUACAAGUCGCUCAAACAUGGUACGGCGACAAUGGACGUGCUGGUCAUGCUCGGCACCUCCGCCGCCUAUUUCUACUCGCUCCUCGCGAUGCUCUUCGCCGUCUUCAACUCGGACCCGGACUUCCACCCGAUGGUGUUCUUUGAUACGAGCACGAUGCUGAUCAUGUUCGUCUCCCUCGGUCGCUUCCUCGAGAACCGCGCCAAGGGCAAGACGAGUGCGGCGCUCACGGACCUCAUGGCGCUCGCGCCCUCGAUGGCGACCAUCUAUACCGACGCGCCCGCGUGCACGCAGGAGAAGCGCAUUGCGACGGAGCUCGUCCAGGUCGGAGACUACGUCAAGCUUGUCCCGGGCGACAAGAUACCCGCGGACGGGACCGUCGUCAAGGGCACUUCGAGCGUCGACGAGAGCGCGGUCACGGGAGAGCCCGUGCCGGUGCUGAAGCAAGUCGGCGACGCCGUCAUCGGCGGGACGGUGAACGGCCUCGGCACGUUCGACAUGGUCGUCUCGCGCGCAGGGAAGGACACGGCGCUCGCACAGAUCGUGCGCCUCGUCGAAGAGGCGCAGACGUCCAAGGCGCCGAUCCAAGCCUUCGCGGACAAAGUCGCCGGCUACUUCGUUCCGACCGUGAUCUCGCUCGCGCUCGUCACCUUCCUCGCCUGGCUCGCGCUCUCCGCGCUCGUCGACGACGCAUCCCUGCCCGCGAUGUUCCACCGGCACGGCGCGAGCCGGCUCGCGACCUGCCUCCAGAUCUGCAUCUCCGUCGUCGUCGUCGCCUGCCCGUGCGCGCUCGGGCUGAGCACGCCGACGGCGAUCAUGGUCGGCACCGGCGUCGGCGCCCAGAACGGCAUCCUCAUCAAGGGCGGCCGCGCGCUCGAGGCGAGCCGGCACAUCACCCGGAUCGUGAUGGACAAGACGGGCACGGUCACCGAGGGCAAGCUCACCGUCGUCGGGCUCGCGUGGGCGGGCGCGGACGCGCAGCGGGAGGAGGAUCUCGCGGCGACGUGCGCGGACGGCGCGCACUCGCGCGCGGCGGUGAUCGCGAUGGUGUCCGUCACCGAGGCGCGCUCCGAGCACCCGCUCGCGAAGGCCGUCGCGGUGUACGGCAAGGACCUGCUCGCCCGGUCCGGCCUCGCGCCGGCCGAGCCUACCGUGCAGGCGUUCGAGAGCGUCACGGGCGCCGGCGUGAAGGCGACGCUCGUCGCGCCCGGGUCGGCCAAGUCGACGCAGACGCUGUACGUCGGCAACGCGCGCUUCGUCGCGCCGGCGGACGACGGGCGCCUGCCCGCGGCGCUGGCCGAGUUCGAGCGCCGGGAGACCGAGCUCGCGCGCACGGUCAUCUUCGUGUCGAUCGCGGCGAGCGCGUCCGCGCCGCCGGUGCCGGUGCUCGCGGUGUCGAUGUCGGACGCGCCGAAGCGGUCGUCGGCGAGGGCGAUCGCGGCGCUGCAGGCGAUGGGCAUCGAGGUGAACAUGAUGACGGGCGACGGAAGGGAGACGGCGCUUGCGGUCGCGAAGCAGGUCGGGAUCCCGCCCGAGGGCGUAUGGGCGAACAUGAGCCCGAAGGGCAAGGCGUCCGUCGUGACGGAGCUCAUGCAGAAGCAGGGCGGUGGCGUCGCUAUGGUCGGCGACGGUAUCAACGACUCGCCCGCGCUCGUCGCCGCGUCCGUCGGCAUCGCGCUCUCGUCCGGCACGUCCGUCGCGAUGGAGGCGGCCGACAUCGUGCUCAUGCGCUCGGACCUGCUCGACGUCGUCGCCGCGCUCCACCUCGCGCGCUCCAUCUUCGCCGUCAUCCGCCGGAACCUCGUCUGGGCGUGCAUCUACAACGUGCUCGGCAUCCCGCUCGCGAUGGGCCUCUUCCUUCCCUUCGGGCUGUACCUCCACCCGAUGAUGGCCGGCGCGGCGAUGGCGAGCUCGAGCGUGAGCGUCGUCACCAGCUCGCUCACGCUCAAGUGGUGGCGCAGGCCGGAGAGCAGCCUCAUGCCUGGCGAGAAGGUGCAGACGGAGACGAUGUGGGACGCGGUCAGGGGUGCCGUGGGCGGCGCGGUGGAGAGCGUGCGGGGCGUCGUGGGUGGGAGGAAGAGGAUGCAGGGCUACAGCCAGUUACCGGUGGAGAUGUCGGAAACGGUCUAGAGUCAAGGGCAUGGACCGGUGCUUUAACAUUAUUAGAUCAAUUGCUUCGAUGUUUAGGACAUGUAUAACUACUCUGCUGAUACGAUAAUACAUUCUCUGGGGGCCUCGCACCACGACCGCCACACCGCUUCAGGUUCGGCGCGAGGGCGUAAAGGUCGGGUAGAGGGCCCGG